GGGAAGGACAAAGCGGACAAGAAUCCGAGCAAAAGGCUGAGAGAAAAUGGCUCGCAAACGGAUGAAGAUGAUGAACAUGUGGGCUUCGGUGGAAUAAUGUCAGCACGCCUCGAGGAAAUGAACACUAUACUAGAUCAAGUUUUAACAGCGUGUGGUGAAAUUGCACUACUAAAAGAUGAAAUACGCAAGCUGAGAGAUGAAGUAAAGAAUUUAAAACAAUCUUUGCAAUCUGCCGAGGAAGAAAUUCUAAGUCUACAAGAAAGCCAGAAAGAAACUUCUGCACAAGUAAAAGAAAACAAUGAAGACAUUGACUUCUUGUUCAAGGACAUUGGAGCGCUAAGACGCAGAAACAUCAAGUUGGAAGCCUAUACAAGACGUGAG